AUGUCGGACACCAAGAAAGCCGAAAUCAGCAAUGGAGACGUUGAACUUGGAGUUGGAUAUAAUCGUCCAAUUGGCUUUGCAGAGCUGGCUCACAAUGGAAUCAAGCUGGGUGAGGCUCGACGUUCAAACGCCCUCAAACUUCUUGCGGAGCAAAGAAUUGAAGUCGAUAUCGCAUCCCCCGCAGCCAAGAAGGUACUUCGCAGGAUCGACAUGCGAAUAAUGCCACUGGUACUCGGGCUUUAUACCCUACAGCUACUCGACAAAAAUAGCCUGUCUUACGCUGCAUUGAUGGGAAUCAAAGAGGAUACAAGCCUCACUGGAAAUCAGUACGACUGGCUAGGUUCUAUCGUCUACUUCGGGUAUAUGUUCGGUGAGAUCCCGGCGGCAUUUCUAAUGCAGCGCGUGCCAAUGGCCAAGUAUCUCGGUGUGAUGAGUAUGCUUUGGGGGACUGUUGUCACCUUGCACGCUGUCUGCCAUGAUUUUGGUGGAUUGGCGGCUGUUCGCUUUCUCCUGGGAUCCAUUGAAGUAUGCACAACGCCUGCUAUCCUUUAUAUCACUAGCUCCUGGUACACUCACAGUGAGCAAGUUACCCGAGUUGCAAUCUGGUAUUCAACUAGCGGCUGGGCUCAGGUGUUUGGAGGCUUCUUUGCCUGGGCUAUCAACCAAGCCCCUGGAUUCAAAUGGGAAAGUCUUUUCAUAUUCUAUGGCGGUCUCACAUUUGUUACGGGGGUCAUAAUAUUUUUCCUUCUUGCCGCAUCGCCCAUUGACGCUAGCUGGCUAUCCGACGACGAAAAGGUCAUUGCCCUUGAAAGAGUCCGGGCUAACAAGACAGGCGCUGAGAUGUGGGCAUUUAAUUGGGACCAACUAAAGGAGUCUUUAUGCGAUCCUCGUCUAUAUUUAAUCUUUCUAGUGAUGGUUUCAACGGGGCUUCCCAAUGGUGGCUUGACAGCAUUCGGGCCAACCAUCAUCUCGGGAUUCGGCUUCGACACUAAUACCACCACCCUCCUCAGUAUGGCUCCAGGAGCAUGCGCGGCUAUUGGCACGGUUCUGGCCACUGUCGUGAUAAAAUGUACCAAUAGAACUUUUGGUGGUAUUUUUGUAAUGAUUUUGGGCUGCGUUGGCGUCAUUAUGAUGUUAACCAUACCGGAAGAAGCCAAUGCAGCUCGAUAUGGAGGCUACAUCCUCACAAUGCAAUACCCAAAUGCGAUAUUGGUUGUCCUCGCUUUUAUUACGGCUGGGGUUGGUGGGAGUACCAAAAAGGUUGCAUUUGGCGCGUCCUAUCAGCUUGGAUAUGCGGUUGGCAACAUUUGCGGCCCACAAACGUUUCGGGCAAAUGAAGCACCCAACUAUUAUACGGCUAAGUUCACAAUGUUAGCAUUCUUAGUAUUCACAGCCAUUCUGCUGGCUUCAAUAGGAAUUCUCCAUCGGCAUUGGAAUCAUCAGCGCGACAGGCAAGAUGCUCUAGAUGCCCAAAGGCAAAUUGUCCGCGAACAUGUCGUUAAUGAGGAAUUCGCUGAUCUGACGGAUUUUCAACUUCGCUCAUUUAGGUACCCUUUGUGA